GCAGCGCAGGUACAGCUUCACCUGUGAGAGAGCGAGGACAUGGACCGGCUCAGGUACCCGGUAGAAGCGACAGCCGUCGGCUUGGUGCAGCAUGGAAGGCAGAAGAUAUACAUGUUCUCUAUAUUCUUGUCGGAUCGCAAUAACGUUAUCAUAUAUCGGACAUACGAAGACUUCAAGGAGCUCGCCAAAGAACUUAAAAGGAAAUUUCCUUUGGAGUCGGGACUCGUCAAUAAAUCUGAGCAGAUCAUACCCGCGUUGAGAGAUGUUCCUCUUCUGUUUUGGAGCAAAACCACCAAUCGUUUCAUGGAGAGACUCCGUCUCCUCGAGAUUUACUGCCGGGAAUUGCUACAGACAGACUCCAAGAUAUCUCAGUGCGAGGAACUCAUCCAGUUCUUUAGUCCAAAGAAGGAAGAUCUCAGCCCUUCAUUCCCUGAAAACAGCCUUGUGAUAAUGCCGUCAGAGAAUGACACGAAUUGUAAGCGUAAGGAAGUAACGGGUGGUCCACAGCCACACGGUCAGCCGAUCACUCAACCAGUUCUAGCCCAGAAAUAUGUCUGCGUCGACAGCUUCGAAACCAAAGACACGAAAAACAGACCAUUCAAAGUCAAGAAGGAUGAGUGUGUUGAUGUUUGGAUUAAGGACACGAGUGGUUGGUGGCUUGUGGAGAAUGAAGAACAAUACCUUGCGUGGUUUCCUGCCCCCUAUCUCAGAAAGCCAGGAGAUGCACACAAAGAACGCUCAACCACAAAGCCUUUCACUAAUGGGAUGGCCUACUUCGCGGUGAAGGCUUUUGAAGCCCAAAACACCGAUGAACUUUCUCUACCUCUUGGCGCUGUCGUGGAAGUCCUUGAACAAUCUGAAAUUGGUUGGUGGCUUAUUUAUUAUAAUGGGAAAUUUGGAUAUGUCCCAGCUAUGUUCCUCAAACCGUACAAUAAUCCUCACCAGAAGUUACAGGUCAAGUUCAGAGAGGACAUGUUUGGCUCCACUCCCACCCUCUCCAAGCUGGAGAGCACUAAAAAUCUCAGCAAAGAGCUGAGGUCCGAGCCCAAGGGAAUAAUAUGGUCCAGCGAGGAAGAGAACGGACGUCAACAUCUGGCCAGGAGAAAGUCUCGAUCAUUGGAUGGUCUCGCCAACACAUUGGAAGAGUCUUGGAGCUGGAGAACGGAUGAGACAAGUAGAAGGAUAAACAUCACUUUAGGGCAUCAGAUAAGGAAGGAUUCUGGCUUUGAUGAGGAUCCUUCACCCAGAUGUCCCAUCUCGCCUAUUCCUUCACCAGAUUGUGUCUUCAAGGUCGCGCAACCAACGAUCCCCACAAGGCCUUCAAGCCAAGAAAUCCACAGCAGAUGCACCACCAUCACCAGGAAUGCAGCUCUAAGGCCAGAUUUGUGAAAAGGUGGAAUCCAUACACUCAUUUUUUUUCCCCAAGAAAACCUAAAAAACUGAUUAUGGAACCAUUUAACGCUAUUAAGGUUGCAAUGAUGGUCAAAAUAAGUGAAAUUCUCAACGUACAUAUUUUUUCUUGGCUUUUAUGCCUUUUUUGCAGCCUUUUUUCUCUUUUGUAGUCAGUUUCUUGCUGUAAUAGUUCACAUUGUGUAUUUUUUUUAUUUUAAAUGUUUUUUUUUCUGCCAAUUUCUAGAAACCAAUCUUACCAAAUGUAAUGUUUUUUUUUAUAUCAACGCCAGGAGAAUUAUUUGAUUGAAGUGAUAUAUUAGUUCACUUGGGCUACACUUUAGUUAUUGAGUAAGAUCGCUGCACACUCACCCCGGCUUUCUAUUGUAUUUAAGAUAUAUAUACGGAGUUGGAUAUGAUGUCAUAUUUUGAUCGAUGAUAGAUGAUGUCAUAUUUUGCCGCCAGCACACGUUCUGGACUGCGUGGCAUUAAAUAACAAUGAAAA